UUCUCCCUCCUCCUCAGACUAACGAUAUGUGAAACUGAUCUCUGGCUCUAAAGUUCCACUCCACUCUGUACAUUUCUCUCUCUGUCUGUCAGUCACGUCCAAGGUCGUCAUGGAAAUUCUCCUGUCCUGGGACCUGGUGUCUAUUGUCAUCAUGCUGUUCUUUGUCUGUACAGAGUCAGCAGGUGACUCAACAAAAUAUCUGAAAAACAAAUCAGCUUCUUUGGGAGAAAUUGUUACUUUGGUUUGCAAUAACUCAGAGACGAAUGCAUCAUAUAUCUGGAAGAAGGACACAGUUCUUAUUUUCUCUCAUAGUGACACACUGAAUAAAUCUGAAAAAAAAUUCACCUCUGACAGGAUGAAUGUUGAUCAUUCUACAAAGCUGACUAUCUUUAAUGUAGAGUUAAAUGACACCGGGAGCUACAGCUGUCAAAUAACAGAUGUUCAAAGUGGUGUACGGACAAUGGAGUGGAAUUUGACCAUCACUAAUAACCUCACAGAUCAUGCUGAAUAUAACCUACGGAGGUUAUUGCUCUUCAUAAUUCCAUCUGCUAUUGGAGGAGGGGUUCUCUGCAUUAACAUCUGUUGUAUGGUCUGGCUGUGUAGGAAACGAAUUCCGGAACAGACAAGUCAUUGUGAUUGGCACGGAGAGGUGCAGCAGGAAUGCAAUGAAGAGAUGAUUUAUGAAAACUGUCUAGCUACAGAUGCUGUCAACAUGGACCCACAACACUGAGAGAAAAGGAGGCAGAUUACACAGGAGGAGAACAGAGAACGUGACUGAGGGGUGGAGGUGUGGGUGAGAAAAUGUAUAGCAUUUCUAUUUCAGACAUUGACCACCUGAUAACAACAGUGCUGAGGUGAUGGAAAUAAUGUAUAUGGACAUAAUUUGUACCAGAGCAUGAGAGACAGAUACGUCUCUGUACUAUAUAGUCAAAAGGUGGUGCUCAGGGGUUUAGGACUGGUUAGACUGUUGUGGGCUAGGAUUUGCAUAGAAGAUGGAAAGCAAUGUAUCUCAGAAAGUCACACGUUGUUUCUAAAUAGCCUCCCUGCAUUAUUUUUAUAUUCAGAAGAACAUUGAAAUAAUGUAUCCACCCAGUUAAUGUGUCCAGGCCCUGAAAUAGACAUAAAGCAACAAGAAGGCCUGGUAGUUGGGUGUAAGGAACUACAUUGACAUAUUAACAGCAACAACAAAUGAAAAUGAUGUCCAUUAUGAAAAAUAAUAUGACUGAUGAACAACUACAGUAGUGUGUACACAUAUAGAGAAACAUGCUCACUGCAGCAUGACAACUUAAGGCCACUGGUCACACCAUGAUGGGAGAAAGACAGUGGUAUAGAGAGGUCUGGGAAAGAGUUGGUGCAGGUGUCAAACUGUUCAAAAAAACGUUAUUUGUGAAUACAUGUGUGAAUAGAAAAUUGUAACAUUUCCUGCACUUGGUAAAUAAAAACAAAUUGUUGUCAUUAUUUACAUUAA